AUGGAUAUCAGUGUGCAGAGCGACGACGUUCAGCUCUUGAAUCUAUCGAAAUCAAAGUUCUUGUCAACAACUAGGAGCCAAGGCCUGAACAAGGAACCUAGAAGCAAGCAUAUGAAUACUUUUAAUCUUUCAUCGUUAAAUGCUCAACUUCCUCCGAACACGGGCCCCCCUGGAACAGUUCCCAUCACCAACGGGACGGGGUCGUCGGCUUCGUCGAACAAGAACUUGAGUCAUGUUCCUUGCAAGUUCUACCGACAAGGAAUUUGUCAGGCAGGGAACUCUUGUCCCUUUUCUCACAACUUAGACGGUACGUUGGCUGCAGAUAAACUACCAUGUAAGUAUUUUCAGAAGGGAAAUUGUAAGUUUGGGCUUAAGUGCGCAUUAGCUCACUUUCUUCCAGACGGCACAAGGGUCAAUUCGAAGAGUCUAAUGAACAAUUCAGGUGGGGGGAACCAUCACAGAUCGUCAAAUAAUGCCUCUAAUGGUUCAGCCUCAAGUUCAUAUACUGGAAAUUCUGUACCAACAGUAUCAUCACAGCCAAUUGAUAUCAGUUUUGACUCUGGGGAAAUAACACCGCCAGCUAGAAGUAAUGGCUCACCAAGAAAUGGAGAUUUCAGCUAUAGUGGGACUACACUUGGAUCUAACAAGUCAUCACACUCUGGUCCAUACUCUAAUCAAGAUAUAGCCUCCCUUGGACAACUGCAAAACCAUUCUAAUUCUUACAACAGUGGGUUUACGAAUAACCCUGGUAACUCUAAUGUGGGUCACAUCUCUUUGUCGAAUGCUCUGCAGAUACAUGGCUACAGAUCAUAUUCCAAUGGCAUGGGAUCGAAUUUUAACGUUUCUCCUCUGCAAUCGAGCCUACCUUAUAACUCACCUUUCCUCCAAUCUCCUCCAAAUUCAAGUGGGUCAUAUCGAACUUCAUUGUCUUCAAGAUUUCCAAAAACUCAAUCAUCUGCUUCUUUAACAUAUAACUACACCCAAGAAUCAGCUAUAUUGGAUGAUGAGGACGAAGAUGAAGAUAAAAUAUAUGAAGAGGAUUACGUACCUGGAUCUUUAGGGGACCUAAUUUUGACACCGCAAGAAUUGCAAAGAAGAGAUUCAAGAUCACAAUCAGGUACCCUAUUAGUAAAGCCCAGCUUGGGCUCUAUCUUAGGUGGUUCAGGUAUAAUUAAAAGUGAAGAGCAAGGGGAUAUAAAGGUUACUUCCGGACAAAUGAACGUACACGAGAAAGUAAGCGAAAAGGUAAUAAAAACUGAUAACAAUGAUUCGUCUACGCAAGAAGAUGUUUUUGUUAUGGAAUGA